AUGCAGUCUCUCCUGGGCAGGUCCAUCUCCGGCAGCACGCCGUACUUGCAGACGCCCCGAGGAGGCCCAAACAGUGGAAAUCCGCACAUCGAGGAUCGACCAGCGCGCCGUUGGAAAAACUGUGCUCAAGACAUCCCGGUGUACUCUGUACUGUACGUCCAUUCCGCUAGCUACCCGGCUAUUUCGUCAAGGCUGUGGUCGACCCUACAAAAUGAUGAAACAGCCGGAGAUCGUGAAAGCGUCCGGUCAGCCGGCCACGAGCCUGGACGCAACCCGGAAUUUCGACGAAACGGAGAUAACGACGACUACUUUCUGCCGAAACCUGAAAGGCGGUGUGGCUCUGACGUCGAUCCCGUGACAUGUGAUCAAGAAUGGCGAACUUCUCGUUACGGCCAAGUCCGUACCAUGCUCGAAGAGAUUGGGAUGCGCAUCUACAAUGUCCCAGAUGAGGAGGAGGACGAUGAGGGCGAGACUUCUGACUAUCAGGGCAUCGUUUGCCGGGCAGUGACUCGCGAUGAUCAGAAGCCACAGGAAUCACCAGAUACAGAGGGCACGCACAAGGUUGACCAUGCUUCGGAGCCCUCCCAGAGCAGUCCGGCAGCUUGCCAUGACGUCCCGGACCAGCUGUGCUACAGGCUGCAGAUUAUGCGAUGGGGGCUCGUCCCAUCGUGGUCCAAAGAACGGCCAGACUACGGGACGGUGCUGAAGACGAUCAACUGCCGGUCGGACUCCCUUGCCCGCGGCGGCAUGUGGGCUUCGAUGCGCAGCCGCAAGCGCUGUGUCGUCGUGGCCCAGGGCUUUUUCGAGUGGCUCAAAGCCGGACCGAAAGAGCGGGUGCCGUACUACAUCCGGCGACACGACGGCCGGCCGCUGUUGUUUGCCGGUCUCUGGGACUGCGUUUCUACCGGCGGUGGAACGGACGGCAGCCCAGAGCAGAAGACGUACUCCUAUACUGUCAUCACGACAGACGCCAGCAAGCCGAUGCGCUUUCUGCACGACCGCAUGCCGGUGAUCUUCGACCCCAACUCGGCCGCCCUGCGGAUCUGGCUGGACCCGUUGCGCACCGACUGGUCCGACGAGCUCCAGACGCUUCUCCGGCCGUGGCCACACGCCGACGGUGACGCUGCCCUGGAAUUUGACGUCGUCAGCAAGGACGUUAACAAGGUCGGCCGCAGCUCGCCGAGCUUUGUUGUGCCGGUGGCCAGCAGUGCCAACAAGGCCAACAUUGCCAACUUCUUCCACGUCGACGGCAAAAAAGAGCUGAAGCCGCCGCUCAUGAAGCACGAGACAGACGCUGAUGCAGACGCGAAAGCGAUCGCGAUGACGAGCCCCACCUGCCCUGUUCUGGGCAACAGCCGGUUCGAGAUGUGCGCCUUGGAUCAUGCCACUUCGCAGCUGUGGCGGUGCAACCUCGUUCCACUCCCCGCCAAAGGUGGAGGCCCCGGUGGUGCGCCAUCCCGAAAUGGCCUGUUCCCCAAAUCUGCGCGUGCGCGGCAGCCAAUCAGUGGCCGAGGCGCUAUGGCGCGCGCAACCAUAUUAGUGGCGUUAGCAGUCAACCCCUCUGUGACGCUUCUCUUAAUGGGACCUGUCCCCAACGUCGAGACACAGACAAAGACCGCAUUGCAGAGAGAAGGCCGUCCAAAACGUCAAAGAGAGCCUUCAAGAAGCUACACAGAAGCCCGAUCGGCCCCAGACAACUCGCAGACACAGGCACCAAAACAAAAACUCACAGCUCGCCAAAAUCGCGUUGUCACUUUCAAGCCGCGUCAACUCGACGAAUUCCGGAUCGAACAAACUCGCCUCCUUCCAAUGUCUCCCACCUACACCAUGUCCGCACACCUGUGCAAGCAGAUCUACGCGUCCUGGCGCCAAUCUCACUCCCCGGCCGACGCCUCCAUCGAAAUGAAGAAGCCGCAGCGGGCACCCGACGCCGAAAGCAGAAUUGCAGCCGAUCGAUACUACUAUCAAGUCUCCUCGUCUGUGCUGCCCAGCUGCCAGCCGCCAGCCCUGCACCGCUCAGUCUCGCAGAAGCACUCCAUGGACAGCGACCGCAGUUCGGACAGCAGCGAUUAA